AUGGUUUUUGUUCAGCUGAGACAGUUCUCCAGCAGCAGCACCGCGGCCGGAAGACCCGGCUGCUCGCUGGUGAAACCGGUGCACCACCGCGUGCGCAUCAGAAAACAGCUGCUCUCGCCAAGAUUCCCGGAGUUGAAGCUGCCGCCGUCCGACGUCCGCUCGCCAAAAUAUAGACCUUUUCUGGUGGGACAGGACAGAGUCAAGGAACACUACCACAACACGCUCAAGUCGGACCUGCUGCUGAUCAACUACCAGCACGACCAGAAGGAAGUGGUGGGUCCUAAGAAAAGGAAGUGGGACAUGUCGUCGCCGUACCACAUCAACAGACCGUUGCAGAAACCAAAGGGACAGAUUGUGCCGUCGCCGACGAUCCGCCCACGCACGUGGAAAAACGUGCCAUUUUUCGAGGGCGUGUCGAUCAACUGUUUCGUGGCGGAGGCCAAGGCGAAUAGUUCUGCUGCUGUUGCUGCGCUACUGCAGAUCCAGCAAAUCACAAACUCCAAGGUGUACCCGAUCUACGCUAAAACCAACGUUCCCUCGUGGAAGCUGCGGCCGGGAAUGCUGAUGGGAGCCCGCACCAGACUCACGGGCGCCCCGGCGCACCAGUUUCUCACCACGCUCACCGAGCUGGUUCUUCCUCGGACCAGAGACUUCAAGGGAAUCCGGACCUCGGCGGGUGACCAGUACGGCAACAUCGCGUUUGGUCUGAGUGCCGAGACCGUGCGUCUGUUCCCGGAGAUCGAGCACAACCAGGACUCCUGGCCCAACACCUACGGGUUCUGGCUGACGCUGCACACGAGCGCGCAACUCGACUACGAGGCCCGCACGCUGCUGAGCGGUCUGGGCCUGCCUUUUUACGGCAACGAAAAAGUUCCGCUGCUGCUCAGGCAGGCGCAGUGA